CCCAAGUUAAAAGAAGUCAUUUCAAGCACAAAAUAAAUGUGAAUGGGAGCUUUUAUUAACCAAAAGUCCAUGUCACAAUGUCAAGUCUUUAAAUGUAGUACCAAUAACUUGAAAUGAAUCAGUGUUUCCAUAUAGAAUCAAAGUAAUACGCGCAAGAUCCAGAUCAAACGCUCCAAUUUUUCAACCAAGUAGGUCGUAUGUUGUGUAAAAGGUGGUUACUCUGUCAUUUUUCACUGCUUUUGACAUCUAAGCGAACUGUCUUUACGUCAGGAUUUUCUAAUAACCAUUGUGUUUGACAUGGAAAUUUUGCACAAUAAAACUGAAUGAAAAUAAUAUAAUUUGUCUUGCAGGAAUCGUGUUUUCACCUUCGAAAUGCUGACAGUAUUGAAACUACAGAUAGCAGUGGUUGUUUUUAUAGCCAACAUUUUCUUGAUAUGUUGUAGAAAUAAUGAUCAAGAGGACUUGACACGUAUUUACAAGAACCUUCUUGACAAUGAACACUUUAAUUUAGAAAACCUUGCUGAGGAAUAUAGUAAAGUUUGUCCAUUUGGCGUUGACGAUUACCGACUUGGAAACUGUCCUAAUUGCAGUUAUGAACCAGACUGUAUCAUCAACAACAAAUGCUGUCCUGACGUUAUAUACGGUUACCUGGAUUACAAAUGUGUGAGUGUGGUUCAACGAGAAGGAAAAAGCUCGUUUAAUGCUACAUCAUACUCUAUGAUAGCGUCUUGUCCAAGUUCUUCGAGAGGUUCAGGUCGCCCGUCUCAAAAUAGUAAAGAAGAAAUUCCAGUAACAUCUCUCAUUACGGGGUUAACGUAUCAAACCAAACAGUUUGCAAGAUGUAACGACGACGAUAACUCACUUAUUACAUGGAAUACGUCUUUUCAUUGUCUUGAAACGUUACCGCCAUGGGGAGAGCCAAUACAGAUUACCUCGUUCGAAGACCUUGUACAAAAUAUCGAGCUAUUCAACUGCGAAAUCAGAUUCUCUAUUACAGCAGCAAAUGUUCCACUUGCAGCUGUUUGCAGUGGUGGUGAAGAGUACUACAACAACAAAGUCUUCAUAAAACCCAAACGUCUGGUAAACGAGUGUAAUAUGACAGGUCUUUGGGAACAUUUUGACCCAGAUAAUGUUUUUUGCUAUAUCUGUAAUCCCGGGUUGUCUUUUCAAUACUAUAAAACGAAACCUGUAAUUAGUACAUGUAAUUGGAUCAAAAGUAAUAUAGAUAUUAAAAAUGCCUGCACGAGGAGAGAGCAGACGCCAUAUUAUUUGCCAUUUAAAAAUGUCUUCUGCAAAUUGUGUAACAUUAUGCCCAAUUCAUUUUUCUCCGUCAAUGACGAAUUGUAUGACACUUGGGUACAUGCUAGGAAUAUAAGCGAACAAACCGUUGCUGAAACAGUUGGUGGAUUGUUUCAUAGCGAAAACUCCAAUGAUUUUGAUACAGAACUGAUUGGGAAUAUAAGCUAUAAUUCAACAAACUACUCUUGUCUCAUUCCUUUACAGAAAAUGAAUGGAAGUACACGAAGUAAUGCCAGGAAAAUAUCAAAUUGUGACCGUGGCAACACGAAUGAUGAUGUUGAAGUUCCACUUUACAAUUGUUCAAGCAUGUUUCAAAAAUAUCUGAUUAACGGAAAAAGUGGGUUAAAUGUGUUUAAUAGAAGCCAGAUAACGGAUACAUUAUAUUUCAGCUAUAUACUUUACAUCUAUCUGUGCGAUGACUCAGUUGAAAUUAAUAGGUUUUGUGAGGUUGACACUGAAGAACAAAUUUGUUCAUUAAAAUCUAACCAAUCAGAAAGGGCUAUAUCUUGCAUGUUAUGUCAAACAGGAGACAUAUAUUUUUUUGACUAUCACUAUAGAGGUUCAGGAUUUGAUGUAUUAAUGAAGAACACGUGCUCGAAUUUGUUGGAAGACGUUUUAUUUCUUGACAUUAUCUCGCUUCUUGUAGCGGCACGUGAGUCUGGUUGCUCCAUAUGGAAUCGUGUCGAGAAAUACUAUGCUCAGAAGGUCAUGUUUUAG